UUGACAGUAGUCAAAGGAGAGAGGCCGCGCCAGGACCACAGCUCCGGUACCGGUCCAUUCCUGGUCCCACAGGCAUGGAGUGACCGGUGACCGGUGACAGUUCUCACACACUGAUACUUGGGAGAAAUGGAAGCUCCCUGGCGUCAAGGUGGCAGAGGACGAGCCAGAGGCCGAGGCACAUCUGCGAAUGGUCAUCCCCAGGUACCGGGACCAGAACCAGAUCCAACAAGAAACGCAUCUUUCCCAAGAGGUGCCCAUGUAGAUGGAAAUUUUGCCCACAGGCCAGGUGCUGGAAGAGGAAAUGGUUCCUAUGCAUCAGUCACCAAACCUUUUGGUACUGCAAACUUGAAAAGUAAAACCAACUUGGAAACAAAUAAAAAGAAAUUUGAAGAAAUCCAGAAAGCUAAUCAAGCUGCAGCGAGAAAAUUAGCAGAAGAUCAUUAUAGCUCUUCCGAUGAGGAUAAUGGAGAUGAGGACACAGAAGGAAAACAAAUGGCGAUAUUGGACUUAACAUUUACAACUUAUACUAAUCAAACGGAUGGCGAUGCUAGCGAGUUGGCACGUACGAGACAAUACGUGAAUGAGGCUUUUCAGUCAGGAGCAGUGACCUGCUUAAUUUGCAUUGCUUCGGUGAAAAGAAACCAAGCUGUCUGGAGCUGCUCUGGUUGUUUCUGCAUUUUUCACAUGCCGUGCAUCCAGAAAUGGGCCAAGGAUAGUAUAUUCCUUGUUUCUUCUCCACUUGAUGAUGGUGACUUUGAAAAGAAAGAUUAUCCUUGGCCUUGCCCAAAGUGCCGCUAUGAAUAUAAGCGUUAUGAGACGCCGACUAGGUAUCACUGCUACUGUGGAAAAGUAGAAGAUCCUCCUUUAGACCCAUGGCUCGUUCCUCAUUCAUGUGGACAAGUUUGUGAAAGAGAAUUCAAACCUUCUUGUGGUCACAAAUGUUUAUUGUUAUGCCACCCAGGUCCAUGUCCCCCCUGUCCAAAGAUGGUCUCUACAACAUGUUUUUGUAAAAAGGCAAAACCUGUGCCACGCAGAUGCAGUACCAAGGAAUGGUCGUGCCAGAAGCCAUGUGGGCGGUUGUUGUUGUGUGGACAACACAAAUGUGAAAAUCCCUGCCAUAAAGGAGAUUGCCAGCCAUGCCCAAGAGUUAGCCAGCAGAAAUGUCUAUGUGGGAGGGAGGUUACCAAAAGGUUUUGUGCUAGUCCGUCUUGGCAGUGCGAGAAAGCAUGUGGAAAAACCUUGCCAUGUGGUAACCAUACAUGUGAGCAGAUUUGCCAUGCAGCUUCUUGUGGCCAUUGUCCUCGCUCAGGAAAUCGCUUGUGUCCGUGUGGAAAAUCAAAAUACACAUUGCCCUGUACCGAGGAUGUGCCUACAUGUGGAGACAGUUGUGACCGGGUUCUGGAGUGUGGAUUACACAAAUGUUCGCAGCGCUGUCACCGUGGACCAUGUGAAACCUGCAGACAGGAAGUCGAAAAGCAAUGUCGGUGUGGAAAACAUACAAAACGAAUGCCUUGUCAUAAGCCUUAUUUAUGCGAAACCAAAUGUGCUAAAACACGGGAUUGCCAGAGACACCAGUGCAAGAGAAAAUGCUGCUCUGGAAACUGCCCAGCAUGUGAUCAGCAGUGCGGACGUUCAUUAGGCUGCCGGAAUCAUAAGUGUCCCUCUAUAUGUCACCGAGGAAGCUGCUACCCUUGUCCAGAGACGGUUGAUGUGAAGUGUAAUUGUGGAAAAACUGUACUGACUGUGCCAUGUGGCAGAGAACGUAGCACAAAGCCACCCAGGUGCAAAGAGGUUUGCAGUAAGCCUUCUACUUGUCACCAUGAGGUCAGAGAACGUCACCGAUGUCAUUUUGGACCCUGUCCUCCAUGCCGUCAAAUCUGUCAGAGGGCUUUGCAAAAGUGUUGUCAUUUUUGUCCCAUCCCUUGCCAUGAUGAAGCGCUUGUGAAACAGACAAGCCAGCCUCAGCUAGCUGGUCCAUGGGAGCAACCCUGUGAGCCCGCAUUUAUUCAGAAAGCCUUACCCUGCCCUCCAUGCCAAGUUCCUACUCCAAUGGAAUGUCUUGGGAAACAUGAGGUGAGCCCCUUGCCGUGCCACGCUGCUCGUCCUUUCUCUUGUAAAAGACCAUGUGGCAGAAGGCUUGCAUGUGGCAAUCACUCUUGUUCAAAAGAAUGUCAUAAAGUCACUGACAUUGAUGGCAGCAAAACUAAGUGUGGUCCGGAAUGUUCAGCAUGUGAACAAGAAUGUACCAAACCUCGUCCGCGAGGGUGCCCUCAUCAUUGUAACUUACCAUGUCACCCAGAAGAUUGCCCUCGAUGUGUUCAAAUGAUCAAGACCAAAUGCCACUGCAAGAUCACCAAUUUGUACAUUGAAUGCAUAAAAAUUACUUUGGCUGACCAAAAAGAAAAAAAUGUUUUGACUUCGUGCAAAAACCAAUGUCCAAAAGAGUUAACCUGUGGCCACAGAUGUAAGGAAAUUUGUCACCCAGGCAAUUGCUCCAAUAGUUGCGUUCAGAAAGUUAAACUUCGAUGUCCCUGCCGAAGAAUUAAAAAGGAGAUGCCUUGCAAUAUUGCAUGUGAAGGCCAAGUGGCAUUAGAAUGUGAUUUAGUGUGCCAGGAAAUGAAGAAAAAAGGAAUGGAGCUCAAAGCCAAAGAAGAAAGAGCUGCUAUGGAAGAAGAAAAACGUAGACAGCAGGCUGAACUCGAAGCAUUUGAAAACAGACUUAAAGGAAAACGGAAGAAGAACAAGAGAAAGGAUGAAGUGGAAAUCCAGCCGUCUGCAUGGCAAAAAUACAGAAACUACAUACUAAUGCCUUUAUGCGGCGUUGUUCUUGCUGUGUUUACACUGUAUCUCACGCAAGUUAAUGUCUGAAAUAUAUACUUUAAUUAGAAUUCUCAUUGUUGGCAUACUCAGAAGAAGAGAUACUGUAACUAUUGAAAAAUACUGUAGAUGAGGGCGUUUAUAUACGUAGAUCUAUUAGUGCUAAAUAAAAUGUACAACAUAACUGAAAAAAUAUAUCCAUGACAUGAAAAAGAAGUUUCUAGCUUCGUUAUAGUUAAGGUUUAAAGAAAAACUUUUAUUUCUCCCAGGUUGAUGCAGAAUGCUGCCUAUUCAAAGUUAUUAGUAGAAUGUGAUUGGAUAAAUAAGGCCUUGGGUCUGCCAUUUGUUUACACACCAUUGAUUUGCUUACCUGUGGUUUCUGGAUAAAAGAAAAUUGCUUCUUGGCAAUUUAAGAGAUUGAAGAGAUGUUGUUCUGUUCAAAAGAGUUUCUUUGUUUAUUAGAAGGUUACAAUCUUGAAAAAGUUGUAUUACUUGGAUUCAUUGUGACACUUAAGCUUGACCGCAAUAUCUAACUCAAUGAGUGGUAGAAAUACUUUAAAUAAAUAAAAUGGCCAUGUAGGGUGAGUAGUAAAUUUUGUAUUAAGCAUAGAUUUGUAUAUUGUAUCACAUUAACCUCUUUCAUUUGUAUGUAGGUAGAAGCUAAAUCGGUUCACCAUUGUCGAUAGUUUCCCCAUGUUGAUUUGGAAAUCACUUUGGCUAAUGUGAUUCAGUAUUUUCAUUGUGAUUUAUGAAAGAACACUGAUGGUCUGUACCGAAAUAAAACUGAACCUACUGUGCUGUAAUAGAAAUAGUUGUUUGGGAAUUUAUUUAGAUUCCCUUCCAUCCCCCCCUGUAAAACCCCCCCAACAAUUUAGGUUUGUAAUUUUGGAUUUGAACCUGCAAUCAUUCACCAAAGACAUUGAAUUUUGAAAUGCCUGUUAUAUGCCACAUCAUAUAAAAUGUUUGAGUUUUUAAUGUUUGCUUUUACUGUUUUUGUUUGUUUGUUUGUUUGUUUGUUUUAUUUCUCAGGCACAGUUAUUUGAAAGAAAUCUGUGAAACCGGAGUUUGGGUUGAAUUAAAAGGCGGCUAAAUUUAAUUGGGGAGCUGUCACUUCACAGAAUUUUCUAAUAUUAUAUUUACUUAUUCCAGUAAUUAGAAAAUAAGUAUUUAAAUGUAGAAUUUCACACCUCUGUAUCCUGCAUCUGGGCACCUCCAUCUUAGCUUCUGCCAGUAAUUGUUAUAAGCUAUGUCCUUUGUGGCUGCCCGUCGGCAUGGAGAAAGUAAACAAUGUUUUUUAUUUCUCCUCCUUAUUUGCAUUGUUUGCCCUGAUUUUGCCUUGUUUGAACUGGACGUGAUGUAAAUUGCUAAAUCUUUCAUAUUAAUUAAAAAGAAAACCAAGUAUCACAUGAAAAAACGUAACACAAGUUAUAGGUGAUUUUUAAUGAGUUAUUCGCUAAACUCAUUUUUUUGGCAAACUAACCAAAUGUCAAAACUGAUCUAAAAAUAGCUGGUCAGGUCUUGACUUGGCUUAUUUGCCCCAAUUUUACUGUCCUGAUUUAAUCUGUUUAUUUUUUUUUGUUUA